AUGGCCCAAUCUAUCUAUCUAUCUAUCUAUCUAUCUAUCUAUCUAUCUAUCUAUCUAUCUAUCUUGUGGACAAGCGUCAUAAUACCGGAUUCAGGCAAUUGUCCAAAGGAGAAGUAUCUGGCAGGUUGUCGUCAUAUUAUUAUUGUUGUGGUCAUUAUUAUUUUCUUUCUAUUGCUCUCUUUGAACUCCUUUUCCUCUUUUUACUUCUUUUUCUAUUUUCUAUGCCUCUUUCUCCCCUAUACUCUUUCUUAUUUUCUCUUCACCUUGUUAUUUCUCUUUACUCUGUUACUCUCUUUCCCCCUUUCGCUCUCCUCUUCUCUCUCUCUAUUUCCCCCUUUCGCUUUCCUCUUCUCUCUCUCUCUUUUCUCCUUUUCCUGUAUUUCCAUUUUAGUUUUCUUCACAGUAUUUCCCGUAAAAUGGUUAUUUUCUUUUUAUUCUCUUCUUUUUUCUUUCUCUCAAUCUCCGUUUUAUUUCUCUCCUGUCAUUUUUCGUCGAAUAUAA